AUGUCCCGACUUUCUUUUGUCGCUGCUCUCUUUGCUCUGGUCGCCUCUGUCAAUGCUCAGAGCACCUCCGUUGCGAAUCCAUUUAGCGGAAUCCCCCCUCUCUCCGGCUUGCCAGUCUGCAACACCGAGUGCGCUGCAGUAGCCCAAAUUCAAUCAAGCUGGAAUGGAGAUUAUGUAUUCGUCUGCAUGCACAACCACCUUUGCCAACAGCCUGACGUCCUGCAUGACUUGUGUCGCCAAUUCGAGUCUCGGCCGAUCCUCCUCACGCCCGAGAACGAACAAUUGCUCUCCAGUGCAAUCACAAACUACGAGAACUCCUGUCAGCAAGCCGGCAGUCCUGUGACAAUUAAUGUAUCGUCCAUUCUUGCCGGUCCAACUGGCUCAACCUCUUCUGGUACGGGCACUGCCCGUGCGACGAGCUCUACUGCGUCAAACACAGCCGCACCUGGCAGCAAUAACGGUGCAUCGACUGUACAUAUCGGAUUCGGUGCUCUCGUUGGAGCUACUGCUCUCGUCUUCUCCGGCCUUUACUAA